UGCGCUCACAGCUGUCCAGGAAGCGAUAUUAAAAGUUGAUUUCAGGGCGGUUUGGAGGUUGUUGGCCAAGAAGAAGGGAAAAUAAUGUCUGGAAGUUUUUAUUUUGUCAUGGUCGGUCAUCAUGACAACCCUGUGUUUGAGAUGGAGUUCCUGCCAUCUGGGAAGCCUGAAUCAAAGGAUGACCACCGUCACCUGAACCAGUUUAUUGCCCACGCAGCCCUGGAUCUGGUGGACGAAAACAUGUGGCUGUCCAACAAUAUGUACUUAAAAACUGUGGACAAGUUCAAUGAGUGGUUUGUUUCUGCCUUUGUCACCGCAGGACAUAUAAGAUUCAUCAUGCUGCAUGAUGUGCGACAAGAAGAUGGAAUCAAGAACUUCUUUAAUGAUGUAUAUGAUUUAUACAUUAAGUUCGCCAUGAAUCCAUUCUAUGAAAUCAAUGCACCGAUUCGCUCAACGGCUUUUGAGAGGAAAGUCCAGUUCCUCGGAAAGAAACACCUCCUGAGUUAAUCACUUCACACGCGCAAUGAUCUGAAUCCAUCUUGUGUAUUUGUUGUACAUACAUAUACAGUAUACCUAACACACUUGUUUAAUGUCUUUUAAGUUUGUUGUCUUUUUCUGUUUUACAAAUGUGAAAUGUGUUCAACACAGAUGUGGAUUUUCUAUAAAGCAUUUUCUUGUCUGA